UCGGUCAAUUACCGAGUAGGUACCCAGUCACAAAUAUGUCAUUUGGUUUCAAUAAUUUUAAAAGCGGAUAAUUUACAUCUUAAAACCGUUACACUUUGGUUGGUGCUUUGAGCUGCAUUCAGUUGCAGUUUAGAAUUGUUCGGUGAUCAAAUCGGUUGAACAAAGCGGAGUCAUGGUUCGUUUCAAACCAUGUGAAUUGAUUUUCAAAAUUUGGAUACUAUCUCAGUUUUAUGUGCGGUUUACUAAUUGUGAUGAACCAACGGCCGUGUUUGAUGAAGACGGCAAUUUAGUGAUCGGAUUAGUUUUCGUUCACGAAAAGGAGCAAAAGGAAGUCCCAGCUCUGGCAUCUCAAGCCAUUCGAUCGUUCCUGUCUCGAACAAAUGGAGUAACCAUCUUCGAUUACUACAUUGUCUACAAUCGGGAGCAUGUUGUCUUUACCGACAAUCAGGAGUUAUGCAGUGCCGUUCAGAAGGGUGUCAGCUUCUUGGUAGAUUUCACCUGGACGGAUACCAACAGAAUCAUGGCGGCUGCCGAUAACUUCAAGAUACCGUACCUGCACGCUGAUGUUUCGAUGCAAACGUAUCUCAAAAAUGCCGAAAGCUAUCUACGAGCUCGUGGAGCAAAUGAUGUAGUCUAUAUUUUUGACAGCACCGAGAGUGCUGAUACGGCCAUAUAUUUUCUCAUUACGGAAUCGCAGCUUCGAACGAUAAUUUUUGACCGUCUCAGCGAUAAUUCGAUUGCCCGAAUCAAAGCGGUCCGGCCUUAUCCGUCAUUCUUCGCUGUGAUCGCUAGUACCAUUGAAAUGAAUUCGAUAAUGCACCAAGCUAUAUCCGGGGGAUUGAUUUCCAAACCAGACAAGUGGAACUUACUGUUUACCGAUGUUCAAACUGAGUCCUUUGAAUUUCACGAAUCUUACCCAACGAUGAGUCGUCUGCUGCUAGACGAAAGCACGUGCUGUUUGCUGUUGAGCUUGGAUGACGAUUGUACUUGCCCGAAAGAUUUCAAACCGCCGGAAGCUCAUCUGGCCAAUGUUGUGUCAAAGGUACUGGAAAAAGCUCAACAAGAUCAGUUACCCCUGGUGAAGCAGGAGGAUUGUAGCGAAUCUGGUUCAAAUAUCACGAUAUCAAUGGCCGGGUUUAUGCGAGAUUUGAGGAGCGAUCCCCGUUUUUGGAUGCCCGAUGGUAGCAGAAUGUUGCGCUAUAAUUUGAACAUCUCCAUCCAAACUUCGAUCACGAGUGAUGACAGUGUUGCCGUGCAGCUGGGAAAUAUUCAGAAGGGGUCGGUCGGUCCGUACGAUGGGAAGACCAUUAAACCGACGAAGCGGUACUUCCGGGUUGGAACUACUGAGUCCAUCCCUUGGUCGUACCGGAAGCGGGAUCCCGAAACGGACGAAAUCAUGUACGACGAUAGCGGGGAACCCAUCUGGGAAGGCUAUUGCAUCGACUUCCUGCAGCAACUGUCCGAAGUGAUGAACUUCGACUACGAUCUGGUAUACCCGAAGCGGGGAACAUUCGGACAGCGGGACAGAGCUACCGGCGAUUGGGAUGGUUUAAUCGGAGAUCUGGUAGUGGGAGAAAUCGAUUUCGCGAUGGCCUCCAUGAAGAUGACCGCCGAACGGGAGGAAGUGGUGGAUUUCGUGGCGCCUUAUUAUGAGCAAACCGGGAUAUUGAUCGUUAUGAGGAAACCCGUUCGGGAGACUUCGUUGUUCAAAUUUAUGACGGUUCUGAGGCUGGAAGUUUGGUUGAGCAUUUUGUUGGCCAUUGUGGCCACGUCCAUAAUGCUAUGGCUGUUGGAUAAAUUUUCACCAUACAGUGCCAGAAACAAUAAGGAAGCCUACCCUUACGAGUGUCGUGACUUCACGUUAAAGGAAAGUUUUUGGUUCGCUCUUACAUCUUUCACACCGCAAGGAGGUGGCGAAGCUCCGAAGGCUCUUUCCGGUCGAACUUUAGUGGCUGCGUAUUGGUUGUUUGUGGUACUUAUGCUAGCUACUUUUACAGCUAACUUGGCAGCUUUCCUGACCGUAGAACGUAUGCAAACGCCAGUUCAAUCGUUGGAACAGCUAUCUCGCCAAAGUCGUAUCAAAUAUACGGUAGUAAAGAACUCGGAUACUCAUGAGUAUUUCAAGAAUAUGAAGAAUGCAGAAGAUGUGUUGUAUCAAAUGUGGCGUAAUCUAACACUCUCCAGCGGAAAUGAUCAAGCUCAAUAUCGAGUUUGGGAUUAUCCGAUUAAGGAGCAGUACAUAAAUAUAUUGGCAGCUAUUGAUUCUGCGAAUCCAGUAUCAUCUACCGAAAUAGGAUUCCAACGAGUCAACGAUGCACUGGAUGCUGAUUUUGCGUUUAUUCACGACUCUGCCGAAAUCAAAUACGAGAUAUCGAGGAAUUGCAACCUAACUGAGGUCGGGGAAGUAUUUGCAGAGCAGCCUUAUGCCAUUGCCGUUCAGCAAGGUAGCCACCUGCAGGAUGAGUUGAGUUAUUACAUCCUGGAAUUGCAGAAAGAACGCUACUUUGAGUCACUGACGGCCAAAUUCUGGAACAACUCUGUUCGUGGUGUUUGUCCUAAUACGGACGACAGUGAAGGUAUCACUUUGGAAAGUUUGGGAGGAGUCUUCAUAGCUACCCUGGUUGGGCUAGCUCUGGCAAUGAUAACCCUGGCUGGAGAGGUCAUAUAUUACAAGCGAAAGGAUCGUAUGAGUAAGGUGGUUAGUGUGGAACCGGCUAAGGACGAUAAGGAAAAGUUUCCUGAGAAAUAUCCUUCGCUAUCGAUUAAAAAUAUACUCAAGUUUGAUCCCAAAAAUAACCUUACCAAAGACAUGGACACCAAGGUACCGAAAAAGGAAGUCACAAUCGGGAACAAAUUUGUACCGGCAGCGGAAAAGCAGCAGAACAUAAAGUUUAUUUCGGUUUUUCCGAGGAAUCCCUGAAUUAUCGAGAGCUAAGAGCAACUCGUCUAAUGAGAAAUAAUCGUUUCAAUAUCCCACUAAUAAAAAAAAAUCAUCUUUUGUAGCUUACACCAGCUCCCUCCGGUGCUGCAUAAAACUUGCACGUGUGUUGAUCAACUUCUGUCAAAUAAAAAAGUAACAUUACUGUGAAGAUAAACAUGACACAGGGGAACAACAUCUUCGGAAGUUUGAAAGUUUUUGGCAUCCUGAAUUCAAAACAUUUGUCAGAUUUUGUCUAUAUCCUCUGGUUUUGGUGAUAGAGCGAGUGGAAAUUGGUCGGUUUUGGGUAAAAUCGAUCUUUGAUAACUGAUAAAACUAAUGAACCUACAUGAAUACAUGAAAACUAGAAGUUGAUUUUGAAUAAAUUUUUCAGAAAUUUCAAAAGAUAAGAUUACUACUAUUUCUGACAUCAUUGAAGAAAGUCAUUGAAUAUUUGAUAUUAAUGAUUUUAACUCAUUUAACAACUUUGUUGAUGAUGGCAAAAUGAUUUGAAUAACGUUUCUAAAUUUCGCUAAAAUUCCCGUUUUUUGCAGAUUUGAAAAAAUAACAUAAAGAAAAUUCUUUUAAACUUUUUCUCUAAGAAUUCAAAAUAACUCGAGAUCUUCGGGAAAGUUGAUCAUUGAAUUGAAACCUUUAUUUUGAAAGUAUUUGUAAUAUUCUACAGUUUUGUAAAAAAAAGUACAUAAAUUUAUUAUUUGAUUUUUCAACCUAUUUUUUAAACUUAUUUCGAGAGCUAGAGCUAACAGAAAACAAAAAAUUAUUAAAUUUUUGGAUUCAGCGCCCCCAAAUCAGUCAAAAUCAGCUUUUAGAAGUUUACUUGAGUUACAAUAUAGAACAUAUUUCAUAUCAAUUCAAACAAACAACUGUUUUAUCACAUGUUGAGAUUGAAAUCACACCAGAGAAUCAAGAGAAAGAAGAACAAAGAAUUAUUGGUUCAGUGAAACUUACA